AUGCCGCCGAAGCGCGCGUGUCGCCUCGCGCUGCUGGCCGCGGCGGCGGCGUACCUCCUCUUCCUCCUCCUCUUCGAGCUGCCCUCCUUCGCCGUCUCCACCGCGUCGCCCCGCCACGCCCACGCCCAAUCCCACGCCGCCACGCAACGCGCCCGCCGCCGCGAGCUCCUCCACGCCUCCUCCGCGCCGCUGCACGCGUCCUCCCCGCUCCGCCCCGUCAGGACUGCCCCGCUCGCCGUCUCCUCCAUCCGCGUCAACCGCCGCGCCACCAACUCCUCCUCGUCUGCUGCCGCCACAUCAUCCAUCGACGCCUCGGCCAACGCCGCCUUCGCCGCCGCGGCACCCCACCUCGCGCGCCUCCUCUCCGCUCCCGCCUCCCCGUCCUCAUCCUCCUCCCCUUCGCCGUCCCCGUCCGCUGCCGCCUUGGUCUCCUGCCCCGCGACGGUCUCGGUGCCGAGGGACCGGCUCGCGAGCGGCGGGGGAGUCGCGGUGGACCUGCCGUGCGGGAUGGCGGUGGGGUCGCGCCUCACGGUGGUGGCGCGGCCGCGGGCUGCGCGGGCGGAGGUAGCGGGAGGGAGGGACGGGGCCGCGCCGGUCAUGAUGUCGCAGUUCAUGCUCGAGCUCCUGGGCACCAAGGCGGUGCAGGGGGAGGAGCCGCCCAGGAUACUGCACUUCAACCCCAGGAUCCGCGGGGACUUCAGCGGCCGCCCCGUCAUCGAGCUCAACACUUGCUACCGGAUGCAGUGGGCGCAGCCGCAGCGCUGCGAGGGGUGGGCGUCACGGCCGGACGACGACACUGUUGACGGGGAAUUGAAGUGUGACAAAUGGAUUCGUGAUGAUAACAACGAGACACAAGAAUCACGGAUGAAAUUGUGGCUGAACCGUUUGAUUGGUAGGCCGAAUGUCAACUGGCCAUACGCAUUUGCAGAGGGCAAGCAAUUUGUUCUAAUCAUAACAGCUGGUUUGGAAGGCUACCAUGUCAAUGUUGAUGGCCGGCAUGUUACAUCGUUCCCUUACCGCACCGGCUACAAUCUCGAGGAUGCGACACGGUUGUCUUUGAAAGGAGACAUUGACGUCGACUCCAUUUUGGCUGGUUCUUUGCCCACUUCACCUCCUACUUCUGCAACAAAAAGUUAUCUUGAGAUGUCUGAACAGUGGAAGGCCUCACCCUUGCCAACUGAACCUGUUGAGAUUUUUAUUGGCAUCCUGUCAUCUGCUAACCAUUUUGCUGAGCGUAUGGCUGUUCGCAAGUCAUGGAUGAUUUCGACCAGGAGAUCAUCUGAUGUUGUUGCUCGCUUCUUUGUUGCUCUGAAUGGAAGAAAUGAGGUCAAUGAAGAGCUGAAGAAGGAGGCAGAUUACUUUGGGGACAUUGUUAUAGUUCCAUUCAUGGAUAGCUAUGAUCUUGUUGUUCUAAAAACUAUUGCCAUUGUUGAGUAUGGGGUGAGGGUUGUUCCUGCAAAGCACAUAAUGAAAUGUGACGAUGAUACAUUUGUCAGAAUUGAAUCUGUAUUGGAUCAAGUAAACAAGGUCCAAAGGGGAAAGAGCAUUUAUGUGGGAAAUAUAAACUACUACCACAGACCCUUAAGAUCUGGGAAAUGGUCUGUCACAUAUGAGGAAUGGCCAGAGGAAGUGUAUCCUCCUUAUGCUAAUGGGCCUGGCUAUGUCAUUUCAUCGGAUAUUGCUCAAUAUAUUCUAUCCGAGUUUGAUAAUAAGACAUUAAGACUAUUCAAGAUGGAAGAUGUUAGUAUGGGCAUGUGGGUUGAGAAGUUCAAUACUACUCGUCAGCCUGUAGAGUAUUUGCAUGAUGUCAGGUUCUACCAGCCUGGCUGCUUUGAUGGUUAUUUCACCGCACACUACCAAUCCCCACAACACAUGAUUUGUUUGUGGAGAAAGUUGCAAGCUGGGAGCGCUCAAUGCUGCAACGCGAAAGGCAGCAUGGAGAAGUCGAUGGUGGCGGAUAACGACUCCGGGGAAAGCCUCAUGAGCCAAGUGCGCACCAGCUCCGGCGCCUUCUUGGCCAAGCACGAGGUUCUGCGCUAUGAAAUCGGUCAAAAGUAUGAUGCCCACUUUGAUUAUUUUCAUGACAAAAAUAACGUGAAGCGUGGCGGUCAGCGAUUUGCAACUGUCCUUAUGUACUUGACAGAUGUCAAGAAGGGUGGAGAGACUGUAUUUCCAAAUGCUGAGGGAAGCCAUUUACAGUACAAGGAUGAAACUUGGUCAGAGUGUUCAAGAUCUGGCCUGGCAGUGAAACCAAAAGAAGGAGACGCGCUACUGUUCUUUGGUCUUCAUCUCAAUGCAACAACUGAUACAAGUAGUCUUCAUGGGAGCUGCCCAGUAAUUGAGGGUGAGAAGUGGUCUGCAACGAAAUGGAUUCACGUCAGAUCAUUCGAUGAUAAUCCUCCAAAUGCUAUCGGGGAGUGA